AUGAAUUACGGAAGUCCUCCACCCUACUCGGACACAGGCCCAACUGCCCCAUAUCUACCAUAUGUACAGCGAACAGGGGGUCCUCAAGCAUAUCCUCCUGGGCCUCAAGAGCCAAAUCUACCCCCUAAGGCAGUGUAUCCAUACCAAGGCUAGUCAUAGUAUGGCUGGCAGGGUGGAUCCCCUCCAGAAGCACCCAAAACCACAGUGUAUGUGGUAGAAGACCAAAGACAGGAUAACACAGGCCAAGCUACCUGCCUCACAGUUUGCUGGACUGCUCUCUGUUGCUGUUGCCUUUGGGACAUGCUAACUUGA